UUUCUCAUUUGGUUCUAUUUGUUUAGAAUAUCAUGGAAGCAAAAUCUGAUGGACGAAUAAGAAAAUCACUCUCAGAUAGAAUGAAGUAUAUGAUGAACAACCAACUGAUGUGUGACGUCACUUUCAACGUAGGAACGGACAAAACACCAAUCAAGGCUCAUAAAUAUAUGCUGGCUAGUUCCAGUCCUGUAUUCUACAGUAUGUUUGAAGGACCACUGGCAGAAAAAGGAACUGUUGAUAUAGUUGAUAUAGAACCGGAAUAUUUUAAGAUGAUCCUGCAGUUUAUAUAUACAGAUAAGAUUACUGUGGAUUCUUUCAACGUAAAGAACAUUUUAUAUGGAUCAGAAAAGUAUAUGCUUCAACUGUUAACAGAUGAGUGCAAUGCAUUUUUAGCUUCACAUGUGAAUGUGGAUCAUGCAUGUCUUGUUCUACAAGCAGCACACGACUUCCACAUGGACGACUUAGAAACGAAAGUAUUAAAUUUCAUUUUCAUCCACGGAAGUGAAGUUCUUGAUUCAAAAGAUUUCAUAAAUUUGUCAGCGGAAUGUCUUAAACUAUUUCUUGGUUCUGAUAAACUCCGCUGUGAAGAGGAAUACAUUUACCAAAAAAUGCUACAUUGGGGUCGACAUAAAUGCAAUGACAAAAGUUUAGCGACAACGGACGAGAAUAUAAGAGAAUGUCUCGGUGAUUUGUUAUAUCUCAUUCGUUUUCCAGUCAUGAAAUCACAGUAUUUUACAGAAAAAGUUUCUUGCAAAAGUUUACUAACCGCGACCGAGAAAGUAAAAGUGUAUCAACAUUUUAAUUAUAUGACCACUGAAAUUUUCCCUUCAAACAAACGUAUGUCUAAAAUUAAGUUUGAAACUGGUAUUGCUAAAACGCGGAAACGGAAAACUGAACAUACACCUAAACCAGGACAUAAACCAAAAACGGAAAUGGAAAUACACGAAUUUGUUUCCCUAAUUGCUCUGUUAUAUUUUUUCCUAGCCAUGCUGUAUAUAGUUUAUCUCAUGUUUACAUAUGAAUAGAUAUUAGAAAAACUUUGAAAGCAGAAAAUAUUGAAAUGAAUGGCCGAUGAUGAUUCAAGUUAUUCAAUAUGGGCAUGCAUAUUGAACUUAAUUUAUUUGCGUAAGCACUAGCCAUGUUUUAAAGUUCAUAUUCUAUUUUUGCAUUGGACGUACGUCGUUAAUGGGACUCGCUAGUUUGUGGAGAAUAAAGUAUUUAUUUACAUAUAUCUAUCCCCUAGUCCGUUUGAUUUUCAGUCGAGUUCUGCCUCAUCAACCCCU